AGGAAGUUGGAAACGUUAAUGGAGAAAUGGAUGUUUCUCCAUCCAAAUCAGAAUCGAAAAUUGAGAAAGGAGACUCCGCUGCGCAACCGCUAAUCUCAGACAGGAAAGAUGAUGUGGAAAAAGAAAAAGAAGAGGUAAAGGAAACUAAAGAAGUAUACACGCCGAAAAAAGAUGGAAAGACAAUGCAAAGAGAGGGAGUGACAAUCAGGAACGUGGAAGAGAUUACGCAAGAGAAAACGAAGGAGAAAGAAAUGGAUGAUAAGGAAGUAAUAACAUUAGAGGAGGAUGAAGAGAAAAAAGGAGUAGAGGAAGAUUUGAACUCUGAAAUUCAGGCAAACCGGAGGAAAUGUUUAAACACCGGAUGUAAAUCUGGUGUCGACAUCCAAGUAUGCCAUGAAUCUCACAUCUUCACAUUCUACAGUUUGAAGCCCCGUCCCAAGCAGCUUGUAUGCAAAGCAUGCCGAGAUACUGCCGAUAACCAUUUUCAGGAACUAACAAGUUUGUUAAAACAGAAUAAACCAAUUUUUUCGGCCAAAUUUCCACCUAGAAGUGACAUUGUUCUCCUUGAUGACUCCGAUGACGAACAGGAAGCCGAUUCUGGAGGAGAAGAGAUUGAAUUGGAUGAGGAGGUCUCAAACAUUAUCAACAAUAACGACUUAUUGGAUAAUUUUUUGAAAGAAGUGAUGGGAAAAUUCGAUAUUGUUGAACAGGAAAAACAGAAUGUCGAUUUUUUGAAGCAGGAAGGAGCGAAAUGGCAG